AAACCAGCAGGAUUGACAGACGAGACGCGAGGAUCUGGGAGUAGGGUGAAAAUCAACAACUCCAUUCGACAAUACUUGGGAGGUCUAUUUUCGCUUCAUUUGAAGUGUGCUUCGGACAAGGCGAUUUACGAUCUUUGAAAAUCAAGAAUGAAAUCUCCUAAAAUGAAAUCUCAGAGCAAAUCACAAUUCCUUGAAGAGGACGACGACCUCAGCGCGGUGCUCUGCGAGUUCGACGCGGUCAUUGAGGAUUUCACGUCUCCGGUGGAAAAGAGGCAUUUUAGAUACGACGAACAUUUAAAAACUAUGAAGAGACGCAGCACCGCCAGCGUAAGCGACAGCGGCAUCAGCGAUUCCGAUAGUGCGGAGUCUCUCAACAGAAACAGCUUCAGCUUCAGUGACGAGAAGCUGAAUUCCCCGACCCCCGUCUUCUCUCCCGCGCCCAUGUCCCCUGCUGUCACGUCGCCCAGAGCUAAACUUGGAGACACAAAGGAGCUGGAGGACUUUAUUGCUGACCUUGACAGGACAUUAGCGAGCAUGUGAUCGGGAGCCAGAGCUGUCCGAAGGCCCCUUGGGAACAUGCAGUCCAGGAAGAGACGAAACGGCCACGCCUUGUGAUGCAAUGAUGAAACGAUGGUGAAACGCAGUAUAACUCUAAACAUACUGACCACCACACGCUCCCCCCUGCAUGGGACUGGCUAUGUUCCCACUGGGAAACUUGUGCUGUAACAUUAUUUAAAUGGCUUUUUAUUCUAUUUGUACAUACAGCAGGUUAUUGUAAAUUUAUCAGUGCUAUUAUUUCGUGAAAUAUAUUUUUAUAUCUUUUGUAAAUAUUGACUCAGAUUCUAUUGUCUCAGCCUAAGAAGCUUAUUUUUGUUGCAGGUUUUGUCAUUUUUGUUUUUUUUUUAUUGUCUCGUGUCCAUUGUUUGUGUUAAUGACUGUGAAUUUAGGGUCUUAAUUCACAUUUAAAACUGGAAAGCUAGUGAAAAUACCAUGCAUAAUAUUCAAUGCAUAUAAUAGACAGAUACAUUUUAUUUAAAAUGACAGACUGCCGGUCUACAAGCGAUGUUGUUAAAGUGUGGCUAUUUUUCCCAUUUGUCCCCUUCAAAAAUGGUUUAAAAGUGAUUUUUAGUGACUUUAAAAGCAAUUUUGAGAUUUAAUAUGUGAUGUUCUUUAAUUUGUGUAGAGCAUGAUGUUGAUGUAGUAAUUUGCAACAUGAAAGUGCAUUUUUUGUUCUCCAGAGUAUUUGUGUGGCACUGCAGAGUCAGGACAGCAGUUGUUUUGUUAAAUUAAAUUAAGUUUAAUUAAAAUACCUGGUACCAUAAGAUGAAGUGCCACCUGCAUGACCUUCUGACAGUGAAACAUUUACUGUGAAUUGGCUUCCAACAAAUAGCACUAUUCUAGACUAAACUUUUUAGAUUGUAUCAGUAAUUUUGUUACUUUUUGUGUGUAUGAUGAAUAAAUAUUUUCAGUUAAUAUGA